AUGGGCGGCUGUCUGAGCAGUAAGAGGGUUUUUCUUCCAGGCCGGAGGAAGCCGAGGUCGAGGUCGGAGGAGGAGGAUCCCGCUGUUCAGAGCGAGCGCAACGGGACCGCCGUCGCCCCUCUGCCGGCUCCGCCGCUGCCGCCGGAGGAGGAGGCAGUGGUGAAGGAGGUCCUGACGGAGACCCCCAACCCCUCCGCCGCCGUGGCCGUAGUGGCCGCCGCCUGCAGAAGAGCGGCAGCGGAUGGAGCCGCGCUUAAGCUUAAGUCGCCGGAGAAGGACGUGGUGGCUCCCGCCGCCGUCAAGGGCGGCGCCGACGCCAUGUCCGGGGAGGAGACCUCGGAGAUGUGCAGCGUCAGUGAGAGCUUCUCCGUCUCGACCACACUGACGGAGAAGACGGAGGACGCGAGAGAGGACACGGCCACUUCCCGGAGGGGAAAGAGGCCACCCCCUGAAUGGUCUCCGCCCGGCAAAAGCUGUCACCCGCGGAGGCGCUUCCCUUCAGGAGAGUUCGCCGCCGGCGCCGGCGGAGGCAGAGCCAGGUCCUCGCGGCUACGAACCAGGAGAUCAGAGGAUAUGUCCUCGCUCGCCAGAGACGCGUCUAGGGCUCGCCUUCAGCUGGCCGGGAAUGGCAGAGCUCCGGCGGCCGGAAUGGGGAGGAAUCAGGAUGAUUGGCGUGAGAGGAGAUCCGCUUCCCCGGCGGGGAAACGGUUGGCGGAUCUUCGCGCCGCCGGCGGCGAAGGCGGGAUGAGCAGGAGCUCGUCGGCGCGGAGGGUGGAGCGGGCGGCGUCACCGCACCGAGCUUUCGGACCGUCGCCGGAAGCCAACAACAAGAUGAGAGGAGCAGGAGCAGGGGCGGCGGGUGCGGAGAGAGGAGGAGAAGGAGAGGUGGAGGAGCGGAGGACGGCGGCGGCGGGCGGGGAGUCGCUGGAGAAUCCCCUGGUGUCCCUGGAAUGCUUCAUUUUUCUCUAG